GGGUGCCGGAUUAGGUUUCAGGCCGCCGGGGCGUGCCCGAGCGCGCUGCCCCCGCGGCGCGGCUCGCUCGGCGCCGCUACUCGGGGGCGGGAAAGGCGGAGAGCCGGGCCGGGCGGCGGGGCCCGCCGAGCCGCUGGGGGAAAUAUUUACAAUCUCCAGUGUUGAAAUAGAAGCUGAGAAGCAGAAAACAUGUUGGAAACAAUUGAUACACAUCGGGCCCUUCAGGCCAUGGAGCGCUUACAGACAAAACUUCGGGAUCGAGGUGACAUUGCCAAUGAGGAGAAACUGAGCCUAUUAAAAUCAGUGCUGCAGAGUCCUCUCUUUAAUCAAAUUCUGAGCCUUCAGACUUCUGUUCAACAACUGCGAGAUCAGGUAAAUAUUACACCUUCCAUACAUUCCAGUGGUGAAUUCCCUCAUCUUCUCCAUCAUGGUGUGAACGUGGGGUCCUUGCCACUUAAUGAGUCAUAUUUGUUGGCUCAGCAGAAUGGCAACCCAGCUAAUGUGUUAGAAACAUCAAUGAGAUCGAUUACUCCUCAGAUUAAUGGGAAAUUCUCUAGUGAAGACUUUGAGCAGCUGAUCAGAAACAUGUCCCAGGGUCGUCUUGUUGAGACAAUUGACCUUAUUAAACCUCUAAGUGGUGGUCUGGGCUUCAGUGUUGUGGGACUCAAGAGUGAAAACAGGGGAGAACUAGGAAUAUUUGUACAAGAAAUCCAGGAGGGAAGUGUGGCACAUAGAGAUGGAAAGCUGAAGGAAGCAGAUCAAAUCCUUGCUAUUAAUGGACAAGCCCUUGAUCAGACAAUUACACAUCAACAGGCUAUCAGCAUUUUGCAGAAAGCAAAAGAUAAUGUCCAGCUAGUUGUGGCUAGAGGCACUUUUCCUCAGCUCAUCAGUCCUGCAGUUUCCCGGUCUCCAUCUGCUGCUAGCACAGUUUCAGCCCAUUCCAACCCGGUUCACUGGCAGCAUGUGGAGACCAUAGAGUUGGUCAAUGAUGGCUCAGGUCUGGGAUUUGGGAUAGUGGGAGGAAAGUCAACUGGUGUGAUUGUUAAAACCAUCCUCCCGGGAGGGGUGGCUGAUCAGCAUGGACGAUUGUGUAGUGGAGAUCACAUCUUGAAAAUUGGUGAUACGGACCUAGCUGGAAUGAGCAGUGAGCAGGUGGCACAAGUUCUAAGGCAGUGUGGAAAUAGAGUGAAACUGGUAAUUGCAAGAGGUCCUGUUGAGGAACCACUUCUACCAGCAGUUCCUCCAGGUACACCAGUACCCACCUCUACACCAGAGAAACAGGACAAUGCUUCUGUUGAUAGCUGUGAAGAGGGGGAGAAAUUCAAUGUUGAACUGACUAAAAAUAACCAGGGCUUAGGAAUAACUAUUGCUGGUUACAUUGGAGACAAGACAUCAGAACCUUCUGGUAUCUUUGUGAAAAGCAUUACAAAAGGCAGUGCUGUUGAACAUGAUGGCAGAAUCCAUGUGGGAGAUCAAAUUAUAGUUGUGGAUGGAACAGAUCUUCAGGGUUUUACUAACCAGCAAGCAGUUGAUGUUUUGCGGCACACGGGACAAACGGUUCGCCUCACUUUGAUCAGAAGAGGUCUUAAGCAGGAAAAUCGUAUUCCACCCCAGGAGGACUUCAGUGUUCCUGUUGAGCAGGACUUAGUAUUCCAAACAAGGGAUAGUACCACAGCCAAAGAUAACAGUGAAACAGAACAGGGAUCCCCAUCACUGCCAUGCAGUGCCAGUGUGGUAAAUAUUGGAGAUGACAUGGAACAACAGGAAACAGGUUCUCAAGAUUUCCAGCUAACUAGUACAGAAGAAGCGGCUGCAAAGAUAAAAUGGCAGAGGAUUAUGGGUUCCAAUUAUGAGAUAGUGGUGGCUGUGGUUAACAAAUUUAGUGAAAGCAGUGGGUUAGGGAUAAGCCUUGAAGCUACAGUGGGUCAUCAUUUCAUCAGAUCUAUCUUACCUGAAGGGCCAGUUGGACGAAGUGGCAAGCUGUUCAGUGGAGAUGAACUGCUGGAAGUGAAUGAGAUCUCUCUGCUUGGAGAAAACCACAAGGAUGUGGUCAGUAUCUUGAAAGAGCUGCCUAUUAAGGUGACAAUGGUGUGCUGUCGUCCAGUAGCUCCACCUGUUACUCAACCAGAAAUACUAGAAAGUCUAAGCCUAUCUGAGGUUCAGCUCACGGAAAAGGGCCACAUAGAACUUGGAUUCAUUGGCUCCUCAGACACAGAGGGAACAACUUUGGAAACAGCUGAUGAAGGUCAGAGUAUGGAAGAGGUGCAAAGCUCAUCUCUCGCAAUGUGGGAAUCAGAAGUACAGCACAUUGAGCUGGAGAAAGGGAGUAUGGGGCUUGGAUUUAGCAUAUUGGACUAUCAGGAUCCUGUUGAUCCAGCAAACACUGUCAUUGUGAUUCGCUCGUUGGUUCCUGGGGGUGUGGCUGAGCAAGAUGGCAGACUUCUUCCAGGAGAUCGGCUUAUGUUUGUCAAUGAUAUCAACCUGGAAAAUGGCAGCCUGGAGGAAGCAGUGCAAGCACUGAAAGGAGCCCCAACAGGAACAGUUAAAAUAGGAGUUGCCAAACCAUUGCCUCUUUCACCUGAGGAGGGCUAUGUCUCUGCUAAGGAAGAUUGCUUUUUCUACACUGCCCAGUCACUUGAGGAGGAGGGGCCAGUUGAUGCAGCCCUCUUCCAUGCUGAGCUGGCUCUGGUGGACUCUGGUGAGGCAGAUCUAGCGGAUGAGUCCACCUUUGAAUCACAGUAUUCUCUAGAGAGAGACGUCUUCCAGGACUCAGUGACAGCUCUGCAUGACAGUGCCUGUAGCGGUGGGGUGAGCAACAGCUUCUCUCUUCCAUUGACAACUCCCAAGUCUGUUGGAGAGGAAUGCUCAAAUGCUGCAGCUGAUUUCCAUGUAUCUGAGAAGAAUCUGUACAACAUGAACCUGAAUCAGAGACUGAGAGAUGAAAAGUCUGUAGUGGACAGUAGCCUGGAAACUGCAAGUGAUUUUACUAAAAUAGAUCUUCUGACUCGGGAGGUUUCAGAUAUCAACCAAAAUGAAAGUGAAAAUACAGCAACAUGGACUGGAUCUCAGACAGCAUCAGAAAUUGUAAUAAAUACAAGCCUUUCUACUACCACACAGCUUGAUCCCAGUGAAAAAGAUCAAUUGCUUUUAAUGGAAAAGAGAUGCCCAGUAUCAUUGGAGGGAAAUUCCAUACCCCAAAAUUCAGUCAAAAACGUGUAUGAGAAGACUAUCACUAUUGCAAAAGGCAAUUCAAGCCUAGGGAUGACAGUAAGUUCCAAUAAAGAUGGCUUGGGAAUGAUAGUUCGCAGUGUCAUCCAUGGAGGCUCAAUAAGUCGUGAUGGACGGAUUGGUGUGGGGGACUGCAUCCUGUCCAUUAAUGAAGAGUCAACCACUAACUUAACUAAUGCACAAGCCCGGGCUAUGCUGAGACGACAUUCGCUCAUUGGACCAGACAUAAAAUCUUCUCCAGCAACUCCUGAUGAUCAGGCCCUGUGUUAUGUUAUUACAUAUGUGCCAGCAGAAAAUUUAGACGAGUACAGGGCCAGUCUGGGACAACAAACAGAGGGAACAGUGCCACUUGAACUUUUUCCUUCACAUAUUGUCAGGGAACUUCCAGAGCUUCCAGAACGUGAAGAGGGGGAGGGAGAAGAAAGUGAACUUCAACAUGCAGGUUUCAGUAACUGGAACCAGCCCAGAAAGGUCGAACUCUGGAGAGAGCCUAGCAAGUCAUUGGGCAUCAGCAUUGUUGGAGGACGAGGGAUGGGAAGCCGCCUGAGCAAUGGAGAAGUGAUGAGAGGGAUUUUUAUCAAACACAUCCUGGAAGACAGCCCAGCUGGCAAAAAUGGAACACUGAAAACUGGAGAUCGGAUUGUAGAGGUGGAUGGAAUUGACCUCAGAGAUGCCAGCCACGAACAAGCUGUGGAAGCGAUACGGAAGGCAGGCAAUCCUGUAGUCUUUAUGGUACAGAGCAUUAUAAGCAGACCAAGGCCAGAGUCUCUUUAUAGCCCUUCUUCAGCUUCUGCUCCCUGUGGGCAGAAAACUACUAACCCAUUUUAUCGUCAGUCAUCUAAGAACCCUUCCCUGCUUUUUCUGCAGAACAGUGUUUUCAGUAGGCCAGCUGUCUUCAGCAGCACUAACCCAUUUGCUGAUUCUUCUCAGUUCAACACUGCUAAGGAUGUAUCGAAUCCAAUUAGGGUUACCUUCCGUUGUUCCCCAACUAACCCUUUUGCUCCCACACCAUUCAAGGCAUUUGGUCAGUCUGAUACAGAACCAGAAAAGACUUCGCUUUGUAACUUGCCUCUGCCCCCUCCUUCAGCAUUUUCAGGAAUGAGCUCUGAUGUUGCACAGUCAUCUUCUAUCAGAGUCCCAGAAGAUGUGGAGAAGGAGGAUGAGUUUGGUUACAGCUGGAAAAAGAUCGUGCAGCGCUAUGGAAAUCUACCAGGGGAGCUACACAUGAUUGAACUGGAAAAAGGAAAGACAGGUCUGGGACUUAGUCUUGCUGGUAACAAAGACCGAUCCAGGAUGAGUGUCUUUAUAGUGGGAAUUGAUCCAAAUGGAGCAGCUGGAAAAGAUGGCAGGUUACAGAUUGCAGAUGAGUUGCUAGAGAUAAAUGGCCAAAUCCUUUAUGGAAGGACUCAUCAAAAUGCUUCUUCAAUAAUCAAAUGUGCACCUUCUAAAGUUAAAGUUAUAUUUAUCAGAAACAAGGAUGCAGUAAAUCAGAUGGCUGUUUGCCCUGCAAAGUCAGUAGAGGCUUCACAGUGUACUUCAGGGACACUUCAACAUCAAGAGAUUGACAUCAGUGUUGCAAACCCGAGUGCAUUUUCUGACUUAAGUUCGUGUAAAAAUAUUCAGUAUGUGGAACUUCCUAAGGAUCAAGGAGGUUUUGGAAUUGCCAUUAGUGAAGAAGACACAACUAAUGGAGUAGUUAUUAAAAGCUUAACAGAUCAUGGUGCAGCUGCAAAGGAUGGACGUAUCAAAGUUGGAGAUGUGAUUCUGGCAGUGGAUGAUGAAAUUGUUGUGGGAUAUCCUGUAGAAAAGUUUAUUAGUCUCCUGAAGACAUCCAAAUCUGUGGUGAGGCUUACAAUCAACCCAGCAGAGACAGAUAGUCUGACUACAGCACCAGCCCUUCCCAGCACUGUCCCAGCAGAGAAGAGGAAUAUACAACCACCAGCAGCUGUCCCCACUUCCAUCUCACCAGAACCGGAAGCAGUCAAAAACACAAGCAGGUCUUCAACUCCAGCCAUGUUAACCUCCGACCCAGCUACUUGUCCCAUUAUUCCUGGAUGUGAAACAACCAUUGAUAUCUCCAAAGGGCGGACUGGUCUUGGUCUGAGCAUUGUUGGAGGAGCAGACACUUUGCUGGGAGCAAUCAUUAUCCAUGAGGUAUAUGAAGAAGGAGCAGCAUCUAAAGAUGGACGACUGUGGGCUGGUGAUCAGAUACUAGAGGUGAACGGAAUUGACCUCAGGAAUGCCACACAUGAUGAGGCCAUUAACGUCCUCCGUCAGACACCCCAAAAAGUUCGUCUGACUGUGUACAGAGAUGAAGCCCAGUACAAGGAGGAAGACAUGUAUGAUGUGCUGAAUAUAGAGCUCCAGAAGAAGCCUGGUAAAGGCCUUGGGCUGAGUAUUGUUGGGAAAAGAAAUGACACAGGUGUGUUUGUGUCAGACAUCGUCAAAGGAGGAAUAGCAGAUACAGAUGGGAGAUUGAUGCAAGGAGACCAGAUAUUGACAGUGAAUGGAGAAGAUGUCCGAAACGCUAACCAAGAGGCUGUUGCAGCUUUGCUUAAGUGUUCCUUAGGUACAGUAAGACUAGAGGUCGGAAGAAUAAAAGCUGGGCCAUUUCACUCUGAAAGGAGAACAUCCCAGAGCAGCCAGGUCAGUGAAGGAAGUGGCAGUCUCUCAUCGUUCAGUUUCCCAGUUUCCGGGUCCAGUGCAUCUGAGGUCUUUGAAAGUGGCCUAAAGAGGCAUACCACAGCUUCUGAAAUACAGGGAUUAAGAACAGUUGAAAUAAAAAAGAAUCCUACAGAUUCACUAGGAGUGAGCAUUGCUGGAGGUGUAGGAAGUCCUCUUGGAGAUGUUCCUAUAUUUAUUGCCAUGAUGCACCCGAAUGGAGUUGCAGCUCAGACUCAGAAAUUAAGAGUUGGGGACAGAAUUGUUAGCAUCUGUGGAACAUCUACCGAGGGCAUGACUCAUUCCCAAGCUGUUAAUAUCUUAAAAAAUGCUUCAGGCACUAUUGAGUUGCAGGUUGUAGCUGGAGGAGAAGUGAGUGUCAUAACUGGUCAGCAGCAGGAUCCACCUACACCCAGUCUUUCAUUUGCUGGACUAACUUCAACUGGCAUUUUUCAGGAUGAUUUAGGACCUCCUCAGUACAAGACCAUUAAUCUGGACAGAGGACCAGAUGGCCUUGGUUUUAGUAUUGUAGGUGGUUAUGGCAGUCCCCAUGGAGACUUACCCAUUUAUGUGAAGACAGUGUUUGCAAAGGGUGCAGCAGCAGAAGAUGGACGCCUCAAGAGGGGGGAUCAAAUCAUUGCUGUGAAUGGGCAGAGUUUAGAAGGGGUGACCCACGAGGAAGCAGUUGCUAUUCUGAAAAGGACAAAAGGAACAGUCACUUUGACUGUGUUGUCAUGAACUGGCUGCCUGACGGGCUAGGGUCAAUAAGACAAUAUUGUUUACUUUCCACAUAGUAAAGAGAAUGGAAAUGUUUUUGUAGUCUUCUUCCUCUUUCAGCUUCACAGAACUGUGUUACAACACUGAAGAAAAGUAACAUUUAACCAUAUUUUUGCAUACAUUAGAAAUAUUUCUCUUCCUGUCAAACCACUGAGAUGAAGUUAUGUUGACAAUGGAAACACAUGGAUAUUUUUCCUAUUAGUAAGUCACCAUGAAAAUAAUGUUGUCAUUAAUAACCACAUAAGAAAACUGAAAAUGUUUUUGGAAGAGACUUUGCCUAUUUCAGUAAUGUUGGAAAAAUGAUAAAUUCACCAAGUCAGCAUGGAGGUUGUACGGGUAAGAGUAGUCAGAAAACAGGAAUAAGGUUAUUGAAGAAAUAAAAUAUUACUAAAACAGAGAUUUGGGAGAUAAGGGGAAAUGUAUGUAAUCUGGAGGCAGAUGGUUAAUAGACUAGGUGGUUCUUUGGAACUAGAUGAUUUCUAAGGUUUCUUUCAGCCCAAACUGUUCAAUGACCAUAUUAUUUCACAAUGCUCAAUAUAAGGAACUUGUUUGGUGACUUGGGUGGGUUUUUUUUCUGGUCUUUUUAUGCGUUUAAAUUUUUCUAAGUCAUGGUGUAUCUGAAAAAAAAAGAACACUGUGUUUCACUUGGCUUAGGUUAGAGGAUUUCAUUAUUUUGACAGCAGGGGGGUGUGUUGGUGGUGGUGAUGGUGGUUUUGGUUUUUGUUUGUUUGUUUUGUUUGUGGGUUUUGUGGGACUUGUGCUCAGGGCUGAAAAAUCCAUUACUAGUGGAAACUAUUCCUAGUGAUCGAGAAUGCCUAGCAACUGCAGUAUUAGAAGAACUAGACUUUUAAAAUAGGAAUAUUUUAUAGUCCUUAUGGGUGAAAACAACUUUUCUAAUAUGAAGUGUCUGUAAGCAAAGGUUGUCCUCUUCCAAUGUGCAACACCACGUACAGGGUCAGUGCAGACAUUUCUGCAAGCUGUUUGCUUCAGAGCCGUGAACAAACAUAACAGAGCAGCUCUGCUUAGCUGCCAGCAGAUGUCUGGAUAUUACCAGUGUGGAAGGAGUUGACCUUAAUGGUGUUGCUGCCAUUAUCACUAGCAGCAAAGGUAGAGUCCUCCUUGAACUGAGGAGGGAUACAACCAGGAGUCAUGGGUUGAGGAUGGGUGAAGACCUGAAAAUGCCUCACAGUGGAGGUGAGUAGUAAGGCAGUAGUAAGGGUUUGUAUCAGUAAUAAGGAGAAGAGGAGCUUUGACAGCUACAACUAUUAUUUUGGGGAUAUUAAUUUUAGAGUCACAAAUAAAAGCAUAUAGUAAGUACAAUGCAACUGUGGAGCUUUCUCUGAUCAGCAGUAUGGUCAAGAAAUGCAUCACUUUCUCAUUACUUAACCUUUAUCUAAAAUCUGCACUCGAUGAAACACUUAGCUGAUUGUAACCUGCCUGCCUUUGCCUGCCAUGCUUUUAGGAAUCUGGCAGAUAAAGCAUGCUUUUCCCAUGAUUUAUUUUCCUGCAGAAAAAUUUAGCUAAGUCUUUUGAGAGAGGAAGAUACCAGUCAAACUAGUAUGCUAUUAGCAGCAGGAUGCUUUGUGUUAAUUAGCAAAAAUGGAAUUGUAGCAAGAAGGCCACUAUCUCAACUAUCAGUUACGGGAAAUAUGAACUGAAAAUGCAGGCAAUGGUCAAGCCAUUCUUAGGGGAUAAUACAAAUGACUAGCAUUCAUUUUAGUGGGUCACAAAAGCAGUAUUAGGAAUGUCUGUAAAAUAGUAUUAACAAAUUGAUAGCUAUGUGUAACAAAAAGUGUAACAAAAAAAAAACCUCCAUUCUUUGUCUUUUUAACUUCUGGAAGUUACAUUGUGGUAGGCUAAGAUGCAAUAAACUAGAUGGUACCAUUGCUGGAUGCUGCUGUUAUGGAAUUGCUUUUGUACUUAUUCCUUGCAUAAAGUGAAAAAUGCCUACAUUAGAGUAUGUAAAGUCACUUUAAAUACUAUCUAUAUUUGUAACAGAAGUAGUGUACAGCUAUUUUAUUACUGCUGUUGUGUCACAAUGGGGGAUUUAAAUUAAUAAAUUUCAAACUGUCAUGAUGAAGUGAA